AUGGCUACCCCGCCUGUACUAUCUUUCGAUACUGAGGGCCGCCCAGUGAAGUUUGAUACUUGGCUUGAUGACCUGCACCUCUUCCUGCAGCUCACUGCCAAGGAGGAUAUCUCCCUGUAUGACCACGCCCUCGGCCAUGCUCCUGCCCCUGCUACUGAUGCUGACAGCACUACCCGCUCACAGUGGCAGACUCGUGACGCUCACGCUCGCUUUGCCAUCCGCAACUCCCUGCCGUUAGAUGAGCGCGAGCACUUUGGCCAGUGCAAGACAGCUAGGGACCUCUACACCGCUGUAGUUGCCCGUUACUCCUCACCCGCUUCUGCUACGCUAGGCCGCCUCACUCUUCCCUACCUGUUCCCCGACCUAGCCUCCUUUCACACUGUCGCAGACCUCAUCACCCACCUUAAGACUAGUGAGGCCCGCUUUCGCGCUGCUAUGCCUGCCGAGUUUCUCACUAGCAACCCCCCCCCGCUCUGGAUCACUCUCUACCACAUCGUCACCCGCCUCCCUGACUCUCUGCGUGCAGCACCUCUCGUGGCGACCCCCGCACCCCGUUCUUCGAGGGGUGUUCCCCUUCCCCCCUCCUCCCCUCUGUCGCCUCUGCUGCUGCUGUCGACCUCCUUGGUGCUGAGAAGGUCGGGACCGCGUCUGCUUCGAGCGGGCGCCGCAGGGGCAAAGGGAACAGGGGCGGGGGUGGCGGCGGAGGAGGUGGGGGUGGAGGCGGUGGGAGUGGAGGCGCGGCUGAGGAGGCUAGUGGCGGUAGUGGGGGAGGCGACAGCAGCGGCGGGAGUGGUGGCAGGGGCGGAGGCGGCAGCGGAGGCGGAGGUGGUCGUGGUGGCGGCAGGGGUGGAGGUGGCCGGGGCGGAGGCGGAGGGGGUGGUGGUCGUGGGGGCACUGGCGGAGGGCAGAGUCAGCAGCCCGCCCCGACGCUUCAGGCCGCCCGUGAGUGGUAUGCGCAGCGUGGCUUUACCUGCACACUUUGAUGCUAUUCUCACUGCCAUGUAUGCGAUGUCUAUUAGUGGAGAGGGUGCUCAGUACUUGCGUGUUCCGCCCGACCCGGGCAUUCAGGCCAGUCCGGCUGCCGCUCUAGGUGCUAGUGCGUCCGCUCCCGCAGGUCCUGGUGAGGCUUCUGCCCUAGGUGCUAGUGCGUCUGUGCCCCCUGGUACUGAGUCGACUGCAGCACUGCACACCUUCACCCUGGACUCAGGUGCUUCUCGCUCUUUCUUUCGUGACCGCACUGUCCUUGAGCCCCUCGCUCGGCCAGUUGCUGUCUCCCUUGCUGACCCCUCUGGGGGUCCGGUCAUUGCAACCUCCUCCACUGUCCUUCCUUGUCCGGCGGUCCCGUCCGGCACGCUGUCCGGUCUCUACCUCCCCUCGUUCUCGACGAACUUGGUGGCAGGUAGUGCGCUCCAGGACGGGGGUGUUCACCAGUAG